AUGAAAAUAUUUUCUUCCGUUAUUUGGAUCAAGGCAGUUGCCUUAAUUAGUAUUCUAAUGAUGAAUAUAUGCAGAGCAGAUCUAUCCCUAAGCGAAAUAGAGUCAACUCUGCAAUGUAAAAUUGCAACGGAUUCUUCUCAAGUAGUGGUAAACCCAGAGGGACCUCUCAACUUCCUCAGAGGAUACAUCUACAAGAAAAUGGAGCUCAUGUACAACAAAAGAUUCUUUUCACCAGAAAUUAAUACAUACUAUUCAUUAAAGACAGGACCAGGCAUGUUUGAUGAGGAAAACACCUUUAUAUAUGACAGAGAUAGACAAGUGGACAAAGCAUAUACAGCACUACCAGAGAAUAAAAUGGAUAAAUACGCUGAGCAGUACCAUAAUCAUCUUAUUGACUUGUUUCCAUCACCCACUGGUGACGUAACCCUAGAGACACGAGGAAACCAGUCCCUUGUUCAGUUCCUUCGGGCUAAAGAUACAGAGGAGCACUCUUUAAAAAUUCUGGCCUUGCUGCUGCUUUUCUCAGAGGGAAUGAUCACUACCAUUGAGGUCAACAACAAGAGACUGAAGGUGUAUGAAACAAGCAAAAAAGACAAAGUAUACUUUGAAGUGCCCAUGAUAAUCCCGUGGUUCAAUAAAGAAACAAAUGAAACACAAAGGUUUGAACAAAAGAAGGUUAAGCAAAUAAUAAAAUUCUUCCAGGAGUAUGCAACCAAUCAGGAAGUACUUAGCAUGAUGAAGGAAAAGUGCUCACAAGAGGAGAUUGCUACAGGAAAGUUUCUGGACAGUCCUAAGUUUCUUAUUCAGUCGUACAUAUUUGGGUUCAUAGACACCGCAGAACAUGCAAAAGAGUUUAUUCAGGCAGUGCAUACGAUGGCAAUGAAUUAUGCUCUAGAUACAGAAGCACCAAGCAAGGAUGAUUCAGCAUACGACAGACUUUUUAAGCCCUCUAGCACUGCAAUAGGCAAAGACUGCCUGGCUCUAAUGAAAGAAUCUCAAGAUAUUUUAAACACAUAUCAAGUCUUUCCAUUUGCAAACAGCACACAGGUUCCUGCAUACACAUCUGUUCCUAGCUACAACAGGGAAACCAAAAAGUUUUCUACUAGUCGACUGGAAGAUUACAGCAACUGUGUAGAUUGCGCAAUUCUCUCUCUUUUCUGCUGCCUAACAUACGACCCAUCUGAUUUUAAAUACAAAACUGACCACAUAGGAGACAUCACUGACGAGCUUGAAGAAUUUUUCUCUCUAAAAAAUCAGCCAUUUGACACAACAAAAGUUGAGUUCCAGAAGGAGUGGUGCAAAGUUGUUGCAGACCUAAGUAAGCCUAGCAUUGCAUACUGCAAGGGAAGAAACGAGCUAGACACUGGGAUUUUGAAUAUGCUUAUGGUUAUUAUUGAAAUAGUAAAGGCCCCCAAAGAAGACGAGGAUACAAUACGCUGGACUUCAAACCGCUUAAAGCAACUGGAUGGACAAAUGGAUGCUAAAUUAUGCGAUGAUAUAAAAAAUUAUACAACAGAAGUACUUAUGUUUAUAUCCAGACAAAAGAACAUAAAAAUUGAGUUUUCUGAUCUUAUCUGUAAUAAGUGUGCAGAUGGAAGAUACGAUGUAUUUGGAGAGAUUACUAUUAUAUUUGAGCAUAGCUCUAUUAAGAAUACUAUAGUCUUUGAAACAUAUAAAGAACAUACUAGUUUUGACAUGGAGGAAACUACUAUGGAUUUUGAGGAUAACAGAGUAGAGAAAUUAUAUAAAACAGCAAAAAGCUGCAAAAAUGGGGCUGCAUUCGUUGAAAAUCUGCUAUCUGUUUAUUUAGACUAUGAGAUCCGGAAGAUGGAUACCUCUAAGAAUAACGAUGAGUUUAUGAAAGCAGAGAUACAAAAAACCAUAGACAAUAACUUUGCAGACAUCAAUAGGCUGCUUUUUAUCAAGAAGAUAAAUGAGCUUGAUUAUAAAAGAGACUUGAUUACUUGUUUGAUCGUACACAGCAUGGAUAAAAACCUAUUGCCCGAUCAUCCAGUUGUUCGCUUUACCUCCAACAUAAUAGGAAGCACAGAGCUAGAUAACCAAGACAUUCAAGCGCAGGUGCUUUCCUCAAUUAUUUUUGCUGGCUUGCAUGAUAUAAAUGGCAAUAAUUACAACUACCCAAAUAUAAAACUAUCCGCCAGCAGUUAUAAAAAUGAUAUGGAGUACAUAAGACACCAUUAUCUUGUUAAAUAUGUACUAGAUCCUAAUAUGACUAUUUUCAUGACUUGGAUUAGAUAUUGCAUAGAAAACUUUGGUGUACGUCCCAAUAAUGAUAUUUUUUCAUUUUUAGACUCUACAGUAAUUGAGUCUAUUUUUAAAUAUAUAUUUAGAGAGAGAAAUAUAAAGUAUGUAAAUGCACUUGACGAGGCUAUAGCAAAAGAAUAUCCUGGAAAGAAAGAUGAGGUAUUAAACAGCCUUCACAAUGUAUGGUUUAUGUGUCUGAUUUUACAGGAAAAUAUAGAUCGUGAUAUUGAGUCGAUUAAGACAAGCUUUCAUGCUAUUCGUCAGCUCCCCGAAAGCUUACCUGUUUUUGUGUAUCUUACGAGUAAUGUAAUCUCUAAUAAUUUUAAAAAAAUUUGGCUCCACCUAUGUAGUGAUGAUGAGUGUGUUGCCAAGUUUGACAAGUUUGCAGAGUUAUAUCUACACUUGCCUAGAAAAUGGAGCGAUUCUCAUGUAAGAGGAUAA